UCGAGCCCCGAGUGAUAGAUACGGGAGAGUGGGCGCCGGCGCUGGGAGUCUCCUGUCACACGUUUGGUGUGUCGGUCCCGUUAGCUGACGCUGGCCGCUUUGGAGUUCGCUUUGUCGGGCGCGGACUGCGAGGAUGUAGCUCGGCUCUUUAUGCUGCUGAACACGCGUUGCGGAUCGGAAUUUGUACUAUUUAUUUCUCAGCAGCCCCCACCCCCUCCCCUCUCUUUUCUCCUUUUGUAUUAUGGGGAAAGAGCAGGAACUUCUUGAAGCCGCUCGGAUUGGGAAUGUAGCUGUGGUGGAAAAAUUGCUAAGUGGCAAAAAGGGAUUAUUGGGAAGUGGAUCGGGCUCCAUCCCACUCUCCAGCCUUUUGAGGAAGCGGCUUCUGCAUUCCAAACUGUCACCCACAAGCAUUUGGCGGGGGCCCAACGUAAACUGUACAGAUACCUGUGGUUACACAGCCUUGCAUCAUGCAGCUCUGAACGGACACAAGGAUGUCGUUCUGAAGCUUCUUCAGUACGAGGCCUCCACCAAUGUUGCAGAUAACAAGGGCUGCUUUCCACUCCACUUGGCUGCUUGGAAGGGAGACAUGGACAUUGUAAAAAUUCUAAUCCAUCAUGGGCCUUCCCAUUCACGAGUAAAUGAGCAGGUGUCUCAGGGCCAGGUGCAUGACAUAUGCUACAGCAUCUAUCGUCAAGUAGUUCUGUCGAACAACGAGAAUGAAACCGCACUGCACUGUGCAGCGCAGUAUGGACACUCAGAAGUGGUUGCUGUUCUCUUAGAAGAAUUGACUGAUCCCACCAUAAGGAACAACAAGUUUGAAACACCCCUUGACUUGGCUGCUCUCUAUGGUCGUCUGCAAGUGGUCAAAAUGUUGAUAAAUGCACAUCCAAAUCUAAUGAGCUGUAAUACCAAAAAACAUACUCCUCUGCAUCUUGCUGCACGCAAUGGGCAUAAGGCCGUGGUUCAAGUCCUGCUUGACGCAGGCAUGGAAGUGAAUUGCCAGACUGAAAAGGGUAGUGCUCUUCAUGAAGCUGCCUUGUUCGGCAAGAUGGAUGUUGUCCGAAUUCUUCUAGAAGCAGGAAUUGAUGCUGGUAUUAAAGACGCACAAGACUGGACUGCAUUAGAUACUCUGAAGGACCAUCCAUCCCAGAAAUCACAACAAAUCACUGCUCUCAUACAAGAUUAUAUCGUGCAGAAGAUGAAUCUAAAGGGAGCAGAAGAACCAGGAAAGCAGUGUCCAGUUCCCACUCCUCAAUCUUCCAUUUCAUCACCAGCAGCCUCGCCUUCCCUUAUUGGCAGAGGUGAAGCACUACCUGGGGAGCUAUCAAAGCUUCUGCUGGAAAUCAGAGAGAGCCGCGACAAGGAUUUUGAUGAUUUGUGCCAAGCAAUUUCUUCAUGUUCAAUAGACAGUUUCACCAGUGUAAAGAUUUCUGAUGAUGACUCUGCAAAGUGUGAAAGCCAGCCUAAACAUUCCAAGCAACGAGACCAGCCAUCUCCUCCAAAAGGCACACCACAGACUGAUGAGGAAGAAGGAGAGAAAAGCUGUGGCCCAGCAGGACUAUGGGAAGCAUUCACUCCGUGUAAUGGCUGUCGACCCCUUGGCUUCCCUAUUUUAACACAGGAAUCAGAAACAAAGAAAGAUGACCAGACUCUGGACAUGAGGCUGUCUCCAUCAUUGGACAGUUUCCCCCCAGAAGAAGAGGACAAUCCUUAUGAAUUCCUGACUACUGCAGUCACAAAGAAACCUCGUUCAUUGGAAAUAUCCAGGGUAUCUUCAGGAAUAACAGAGGUUGCAACUCAAGUAACUAUAACUGCGCCAGGGUCUAAUCACCAGCGGAAAAAUACAGGCCCCACCCCAGACUGUUCACCACCAUCGCCCGAUACAGCUCUGAAGAACAUUGAGAAAGUUAUCCGACCACAGCCCAAGCAGAGAACUUCACUAAUUUCCUCACAAGAGGUAUACAGGCCAAGUCACGUGUACGAUCAGUCGGAGGUCAGUUCAUCUGCAGGCUAUGCCAGUGUGAAUACCACACCUCCUAUUAGCCCUGCCAACUAUUCCAUUGGAUCGAUGGAGGGCAGUGAUCUAACAGAGGAGAAUCUUUGCCAACGUGAAGCCUCAGCAGAAGAGGAACUCCAUGAUGGGCAUGUCCCUAAGCAGUUUGCAGGUUUAUUACAUGGCUCUUCCCCAGCUUGUGAAUCUCCAGAGAAUCCCUAUCAUCUGUACACCAAGACAAAUAAGGAGUUCACCAAUGACAGCACCUUGAGGAUCAAAGAGUCAACCCAGGAGCCAAAGUUAAUUAGAACAGAUUCACUUCAAUGUAGUGAUGAAACAAAUGAGUCACAAGUGCAGCAUAAUAACAGCGAUGUAUCAAUAUCAGACAAAGAAGCCAGAUCACAAGUUGUUUACAAGACCAUUUUCCAUACAAAAGUGAACCAUAAUGACAGUGACACUUUUGUCAGCACUAGAACUUUUCGGAAUGACGAUCACUGGGUAAGCAACACUGGAGAAAAGCUUGGCUUUGAAGACAGAGCUUGCACUUUAGGAAGGGUAAGAUCAGGAGGAAAGACUCUCCUUGAAUUACAGUUGGGCAGAAACAUUUCAAAGUCAGACUCCAAUCUUAUUACUUGCUCACCUAUCGAGGAAGAAUCAAGGAACACACGCUGUGAGUCUGUUUCAAACUACUUUAAGGAAAGCAAACAAUGCACGGGGAAAUGUUUGGAACGAACACCUUCCUUCACAGCUGAAUGGGAAGAGAUUGAUAAAAUCAUGAGCUCUAUUGGUGCUGGAAUCAAUACUGGCCUGAAAGGAAAGCAUGAUGAAGCUUCAGGACCCAGAGUUGUAUUUCAGACUGUGGGACGGUGGCUGGAGAGCAUAGGACUUCCCCAGUAUGAAAACCACCUGCUGGCAAAUGGAUUUGACAACAUCCAGUUCAUGGGAAGCAAUGUUGUGGAAGACCAGGAUUUGUUGGAGAUAGGCAUCCUUAACUCGUCGCACAGACAACGAAUUUUGCAAGCUGUUCGUGGGCUUCCUCGGGUGAAGGUUAUUGGAUAUGAUACAAACAGUCCAACAUCUGUGGCGGAUUGGUUAGAUUCUUUAGAAUUGAAUGAUUACAUCAAGACCUUUCUGGCAAAUGGUUAUACGUCAAUGGAUCUUGUGAAAAAGCUAUGGGAAAUUGAACUCAUUAAUGUAUUGAAAAUCAACCUUCUGGGUCAUAGAAAACGAAUUUUGGCAUCACUUGGAGACAGACUUCACGACGAGCCUCCUCAGAAGCCUCCACGAACCAUUACUCUGAGGGUCAGUUGUCCUGAAUCCAGCAAUGCCAUCUUGCAAGAUGAUGUAUAUAUCGUAUCUUGGAUGGACCCUGGGAACAACACUCCUCCUCAACUUUCCCCAUCCCUUAGCCAAAGCACUUACACUGGUGGCUCUCUUGAUAUCCCCUCUUCCCAUUUAAUGAUGCAAGGGGACGCAAGAAGGCGAAUCAAUGACAGCUACUUUGAGGAUAUGCCUAGGUCAAAACUGGAAAGACAAAUGGCUCAGCAGGCAGAAUGGAGUGAGCCUUCCAUUACUCUUCGGCCUCCGAAUGAAGCCACCUCAUCGACACCUGUGCAGUACUGGCAGCAUCAUCCCGAGAAACUAAUUUUUCAGUCCUGUGACUAUGAAGCAUAUUAUUUAGGUUCAAUGCUGGUCAAGGAAUUGCGAGGAACAGAAUCAACACAAGAUGCAUGUUCUAAGAUGCGGGCUUCAGAACAAAUGAAGAAGAUCCCUACAAUCGUACUUUCAAUCUCAUACAAAGGGGUAAAAUUCAUUGAUGCUACAAAUAAGAAUAUCAUCACAGAGCAUGAAAUUAGGAAUAUUUCUUGUGCUGCUCAGGACCCUGAAGAUCUUUCCACCUUUGCCUACAUCACUAAAGACUUAAAGUCGACUCACCACUAUUGUCAUGUAUUCAGUGCUUUUGAUGUGAAUUUAGCCUAUGAGAUCAUUUUAACUCUGGGACAAGCCUUUGAAGUGGCUUAUCAGUUGGCUCUGCAAGCCAGAAAAGGUGGCCAUGGCCCGCCAACAAUGCAAGACAGCCUUGAAAGCAAAGCUGGCAAACCCAUCCCAAAGCCUCGAGCAAGUAUCCGGAAAUCUGUGAUUGAUCAACCUCUUCUGGAACAAAAGACUCAUACUAAUGUACCAUGGAUUGUGGAACCAGUGCAAGAAUCAAAAAGGGGAAUGAAUACCAAGUAUGAGACCACAAUAUUCUAAGCCCCAUGUCUCAUUCUCCUCUGUCUGUGCCUUCGCACUCUUGAGCAAUCACUGCAAGCAGCACAUUUUGUCUCCUCUGGUGACCUCUGGCCCAGCGGAGAGGAAACUUGCACUCGCUGAGUGACCUUUAUACAGUUACUAUCAUCACUGCAUGAAGCUGCUUUUCUCCUUGACAUUCUUCCCACCGUAGCAACAGGAACAACACAGACACACGACAUCUAUCUUUAGGUUACUUACAAACUAAUCCAUCAGAAGGACUUAAAGUGAUGUUGUGUCAAGAUUUUUCUCCGUCUCAGUGUAACAUUUUUCUUCAAUCUUUUCCGGCUCAUCACAAAUUUAGAAGAUUUCAGUGAACUCUCUCUAACUCUGAAAUUCUCUUCUGUCCAUGUGAUCACUUCAAUGCUGCUAAAAGCUAACAAAAAGUCAAAAGCUUUUUUUUAUCCCUUUGGACUAACACUUUUUAACUAAAAGCUGCAGUUGCAAUUGCAGCCUUUGGGAUAAUUUUAAAAAAAUGGCUAAAGCUAAAAAUCUUUCAAUGACUGCUUUCAUUUUGAAAUGACUGCACUGUUUUGGUGGUUUACUAACUGCUUUAGGCAAUUGUUGUGAAUUUCACUAUUGUUUAAUGGAAAUUUCACAGCACAUUUAUUCAAUUCCUGCAGAAUUUCUAGCCCUUGUUUUAAAUUCAGAUCUGUGUUGAUGACAAUGUUGUGAUUUAUUUUUUUUAAGUGAUGUGGUACUGCAAAAUUUAGUAUGGGAAUAUUGUUAUUUCUUUUUACUGUAACCAGUAGUGAUUUUUAUGACAUCUUGCUCCUAAAAUGUGAAAGAAGAUUGUAUGUUAUGAAGUAAGAAACCAAUUAGGAGUUUUACACAGGUGAUGGUUUCCAGUCUUAUUUCUAAACUGUGUAUGAUUCAUGAUUACUUUUAAAAUAGCUUGUACAUCGGCAAUUGAGGAGUAAAAUACUGGUUUUUGAAAAUACUUUCACUGAGGGAGAAAAAUCCUUCAUUCCGAUGUAUCUUAUUGUGAUGUUGCUGAGGUUCCUUGUGGAAUGCAGGUGGUGUUAGUGUCUGAAACCCAACAGUGUGUUGCACUACAGGCGGAGGCAUACUGCAUGUUCACGCACAGCACUGGGCCGACAAGCGGUCCAGGUGGCAGUGCUGAAUGCAGAAGAGGUUGUCGUUCAGAUGAAAAAUAAUAACUCUCAAAAAAUAUGGUUUGCAUGCAUGGUUGUCGAAUUUAAAUGAAACCUGGCACAAUUUAAUCUAUUUUUGUUCUGUAGUAUAAAAGACAAAAUUUCAGGAAUAGUGACAUGCUCGGCAGUGUGAAGCGAUUUCCACUUCCGACAAAGACUAUGAUCUAUGACUGAUUUCUCUCAAAACAAAGCAACAGAUGUUUUUUUUUAAUAAACAUGUGAAACCACAAUCAACUGAUUUACUACCUGGAGCAAUCAAUGUUUGUUAAAUAUGAGAAUCAUCUUUCUUCUUUGUUUGCAAAAAAAAUGUAGCAGCACAUAACACGAUUCAGCUGCAUUGCCUAUUGAAAACCACAUUGAGCCAAAGUUGAACUGUGGUGUGCACGGGCAGAGUUACAAAUAAAUGGUUUAAUAACAGUUAUCUGACUCUAACUGUUCAAAAAAAAUUAUUGUGAAUCAAUUUAAUGUUUAUUUUAGAAUCCUUAUUGAACUUGUGUAAUAAUGGUCUUAAGUUGUUUCAAUGUUACAUUAUUUUUAUAUGAUAUAGAAACUAAGCUGGGCUUAAUGAUAAAAGUCACCCAGAUAUAACUUAAUGGAUGACUAUUAGAGCUUGGGGUGUAAUUGAUAAUCAAAUGUAUAUUGUAUGGUUGGACUGAAAUUUAGUUCAAUUCAGUGUUAAUCUUUUAAUACGGUAUUACAGUACUUGAACAAUGCGGUUUCCUUGUACAUAUUUUGCCUAUUCACUGUUGAUACAUGUAUGUAGUAAUUUGGCAGUUUAAAAAUAAACCCACUGUAAACAUGGUACCAAAAUGUAUGGGGAUAAAAUAGUGGCCUCGCUGCAACUAAUAAUUGUAUAUAUGCUUGGGCUUCCAGUUACAAAUUUUGUAAUUUUGUCAUUAUUUAUAUCCUGCAAAAGCACAUUAAAUAAACAGGAUGUAUA